UUACUACCAAAACUCCCAUAUUCUACCAAAAGUAAUACGCUGAUCACCCCAGCUGUCAUUUCAAGGUGACCUUCAAAGCCAGCAAGUUUGACGUUUCGUAACCUACAAAAAUUAUUUUCAUUUGAAUUUCCUACCCGCGUAGACAUGUACUAUGCGGUAAUAUCACUGUAAAUAACAUCGUCAAUUCAAAUAACGUGUUAAACUAUCAUAAAAACAAGUUUUCAGUGUUAUUUUAAGUGAUAAAAGUGCAUAAACUUGGUUCCGGCGUAUCGCACCAACUUUUUUUAAAGCCAUCACAAUGUCUCGAGACAGGACCUCGAAGCGGUUUUACCGCGCAGAAUCUACACACGACCUGUUGUCCUAUAUGGACAAAGGACAAGCAGCCAGCAAUGAGAACCGAUGGACUUUUGAAACGGCUUGGGAGGUUGCUAACAAAGUGGGCGGUAUCUACACUGUGAUCAGGUCGAAAGCGUACGUGUCUACGGAGGAAAUGGGAGAGAAUUACUGUCUACUGGGACCGUAUAAGGAACACUGCGCUAGGACUGAGGUAGAGGAGGCGGAUUUCCCUCCCAACUCCCCUCUGACAACUGCUGUUAAUGCUAUGAGGAGCCAAGGGUAUAAGCUUCACACCGGAACCUGGCUGGUCGACGGCAACCCUCAGAUCAUACUCUUCGACAUCGGCUCUGGCGCCUGGCAACUGGAUGGGUACAAGCAGGAGUUGUGGAAUACUUGCGGUAUCGGCAUACCCCACCUGGACGUCGAAGCUAAUGACGCUGUUAUACUAGGGUUCAUGGUCGCGCAGUUCAUUGGCGAGUUCCGCAAAGCAGCGGAGGGUUACAGCGACACCCCGCCCCGUGUAGUCGCUCACUUCCACGAGUGGCAGGCGGGCAUCGGGCUCAUAAUGCUCAGAGCUCGACACGUGGACGUAGCGACAGUGUUCACAACGCACGCUACCCUCCUCGGACGAUAUUUGUGUGCUGGCAACACUGACUUCUAUAACAAUCUUGAUAAGUUCUCAGUAGACGAGGAGGCAGGCAAGCGUCAGAUCUACCACCGCUAUUGUAUGGAGCGCGCCGCGGCACAUAUGACGCAUAUAUUCACCACCGUCUCUGACAUUACUGGCUACGAGGCUGAACAUCUCCUGAAACGUAAAGCUGACAUAAUAACACCGAACGGAUUGAAUGUGAAGAAAUUUUCAGCGCUUCACGAGUUUCAGAACUUACACGCACUCGCCAAAGACAAAAUCAAUGAAUUCGCGAGAGGACACUUUUAUGGGCACUUCAACUUCGAUUUGGAUAAGACGUUAUACUUCUUCAUCGCUGGCCGCUAUGAGUUCGGUAACAAAGGAGCUGAUAUCUUCAUUGAAGCUUUGGCGAGACUUAACCAUUACUUAAAGUCGUCAGGAUCGGACAUGACUGUAGUAGCGUUCAUGAUCUUCCCAGCAAAGACGAACAAUUUCAAUGUGGAGAGUCUACGAGGACAUGCCGUCACCAAGGCAUUGAGGGACACCAUCAAUGACAUACAACAGAAGAUCGGGAAGCGAAUGUACGACAUAUGUUUGAGUGGCCACCUCCCUGACGCGUCCGACCUGCUCCACAAGGACGACACGGUGCGCCUAAAGCGUUGUAUAUACAGUUUGCAACGAGAUGGCCUGCCUCCCAUCACGACGCAUAAUGUAGUGGAUGACUGGAGCGAUCCUGUGUUAAACUCCAUCAGAAGAUGCGAACUCUUCAACACAGUUAACGAUAAAGUUAAGGUUAUUUUCCAUCCUGAAUUUUUGACAUCAACGAACCCAUUGUUUGGGCUGGACUAUGAAGAGUUUGUUAGAGGAUGCCAUCUUGGGGUGUUCCCGUCUUAUUACGAACCUUGGGGGUACACCCCAGCUGAGUGUACCGUCAUGGGAAUACCCAGUAUUACCACUAAUUUGUCAG